UGUUAACUCCUCAAGCAACUCCAAGUUUCGCCGCAUAUCCUGUCACUUCAGCAGCUCAACAUACUACGAGUAUACAACAAGUACUGCAACAUCAUGUUAGACAGUCCAGCAUCCUUCAAUCUACUAUACAACAGGUUGGCCCAUCGCAAAUGCAAGCGCAGUCGUUUGCAGAAGCGAAUAAUGGAAUUAUUAACGGUAAUAGUAAAUGUUAUCCGGUAUCUCCGGCUUCUCCCUUUUCAUCUCGAUCUCUUACGCCCUCCCCUCAACACACAGUCUAUCAACCGGUGAUGAGCGCCACGGGGCCUGUUCUUCAGUUGUAUCAGCCAGCAACAGCAACACGUGCUACCACGGUUGCGACAGCUGCGAUUACACCGCAGCCAAAGAACAAGCCCCCGCAGCAAAUCCUACCUAAACCUAUCACCAAUAUUAUGACUCAAACGGCAAUCAAACCUCAGCCGACCCAAACUAGUGCUCAAACUGCCGGAACUCUGCUGCUGAAUCAAAUGAUCCCAAAUGCGGGCGUCAUCGUGGGACAGCAGACGAGCACCGGCGUUCAAAUCAUCCUGAAAUCUCCCUCACCCCAACCAUAUUCUGCUUCAGUUCCUAAAGCUCAAGUUGUUGUCAGCAGUAACGGGACGUUAACGACAUCACCAAAUACUGUUUUCGUGCAAGCUAAUCGUUCUCAACCGCAACAAGUUGUACGCUUAAUAAAUGGGCAAAGUUUACAAUUACAACAAGUGCAAACUUCGUCCGGUCUGGCGCUUGUGGCAGUUCCUUCGAUUCAGCCGACUUUGCAGCAAGCAACGUCGACGCACACGGCUACCGUAGUUCCUUCAGUCGCCACGGUACCUGUGCAAACUUCGGUUUUCAAUCAAAAUGUGAUAAAAAAGACUACCAAUCAUGUUAAUAGUAAUAGUAACUUUACGAGUAAUCAAUUUAGCAAUAUUAGUUCCGUACAUAGCAACUCGACGACUACACAUAGUAAAAAGAAAAAGAGAAAGGAGGAAGAAACCACCAAACUCGAUCUCGCUAAUUUAAUUAAAAUUUCCGGUAUCGACGAAGAAGACGGAGCACCGACGCCAUCUUCCAUAUCGAGUACUACGUCGUCGAUGUCUUCUUUAUCUUCGUUAUCUUCAAGUCCUUCUGUAUCUUCUUCUCCUCCUGUCUCGUGUACCGUUCAAACACAGUCUCCUCCAGUGCUCGCCUAUCAAACUCAACGUGCACAUGAACCGCAAACCAAUCAUUAUCAAUCCGAACAGCAAACAUUUCAUCAAAAAAAUCAGUUCUCGUCGCGGCCAUCAACGCCUAAACAAAACGGCGGCGCACCUUUAAUAGCUCAAUUACAGACUCCGGCCACACAGCAGUGUGGAUUACGUUUUUCAAUCGGUGAAGAUGGUCAAGUGAUUUUGCAACAACAACAACCACAAAUACCAUCACAGCAGAGUGUUACUGCAAGCGUCGCAGCAGCCGCUCAAACUCAACUCGCGCAAUUGGUGGCAGAACAUGGAGGCCAUAUUUUACAAACUGCUGUGCUGAGUUUAACCGGCAGCGAAUCGAUAGUGUUAAAAACACCGACGGGAUUCGCGUUACGUCAAUCGCCUCAACAAGUGGUUCUCCAACGCGCAUCAGGCAAUCCGACGGCGAACGUGGUGCUAGCAUCGUCGGAUCCGUCCGCAAUGCAGAAUCAUCAGACCACAAACGGAGUCCGAAUACUGACCGAUGUCGGCGGCCUGAAUGGGCUAGCCGGUAAAGUACUGCUAUCCGGCGGCACCGUCCAGGACCAUCAUCAAAAUCGAGUACAAAUCGUCGCAGCUGCUGCCGGAACCGUUCACCAUCAAAACCCGAACACGGUUUCGCUGACGUCGGAACAGCAACGCGUGCAGAUUGUGACCGCAGCUACGGCGACCGGUGUGCCGGAUUUGGGCGGUAUGUCGUUGACGACGACUACCGAGCAGCAAAAUCAUUUACAAAUUUUAACCAGUGUUCCUAGCGCGACGACCGAAUUAUCGUUGACCGAGCAGCAACAUCAAAAUCGUAUGGAGAUUAUAUCGAAUGUUCCUAGCGGCGCGGCGACCUCGUCGACCGAGUCCAAAAACCGUAUACAAGUUAUACCGAACACGAGAACGGUUUCGCUGACCGAGCAACUCGUGUCCGAACAGAUUCUGACCAAUGUUCCUAGUUCGUCCAGCAUACACGAGCAAAAUUCUCGGAUGAUUUUCCAGCAGCAACAUAACGCUACGAAUUCAACGCCGGAUAACGUACAUAUUUCAUCGAGCGAGCGAACCGAUACGAUGCAUAUUACAUCGGCGACGGCGGUAGCCGCCGCUAGCGCGUGCGAAACGCAAACCACAGCCGGGAAAGUACGCGUGGUCACCGCCAAUCUACCUCAAACGUAUUCGAUAGCGUUGAACGAGCAAAAUAGAUACCAACUUAUCGCCAAUCCGCCGGCGACGGCCGAAUACACCGUCGAAGAGAAACCCGCCGAUGGUCUGAACCAAAAACUCGAACAGCAGAUUAAUUUCAACGAGCAACGAAUACAGAUCACUUCGGAAAGCGCCAGCUCCGAUCAUCAAGCUCAACAGCUUCAGCAGAGCCAUCGAAUAGCCGAUAAUCAGAACCGGUUUCACGUUAUUUCCAACGUCGAACAGCAACGUUUCAUGCAGGUGAACGAGGAACAGAAUCGUAUCAUCGUAGCGUCGAGUAUCGAACACCAAAGAGUGCUGAACACGACCAGCGCAGCCGUCUACAACGAGCAGCAGAAUCAUCACGUGCAAAUGGUGACGAACGGCGGCGGCGGCGAUCAGCAGAGCUUGCUGCAGCAGCUAUCCGAAGAGCAACGUAAAAUACACAUUUUCACCAACGUGCCGACGCAAUCGGUCACUCAACAGCAACAUCGUAUCGUGCAGCUGAACGAGCACCAGAAAUUAAUGGUGAAAAACGUGGACGGCUUAUCGGAGCAGAUUCUUUUACAGCAACAUCAACAACAACAGCAACAAUUACAGCAGCAAAAAAUACCAACGUCUACGAAUCAGUUGAGUUUCCAACAACAGCAUGGCGUUAAAGUGAGCUCGACAACGACGACGACGACGACAGCGGCAGCAGCAGUAGAAACAAAGUUACCAGAGAAUAACGACGGCACGACGUCGAUUGCGAUUGGCUCUUGCGACGGGUCGAAUAACGCCGGCGGUAGAUUCGCCGGUCAGUAUUUAAUGCAACACGGCAAGCUAACGGCGACCGAAUGUAGCCCACCGAUGAAAUCACCUUCGUCGUCGCGUUGUAAUUCGUUCAACAACAACACGGGUAGCACAACGAUACACGUGUCGAUGAACGGUAGCGCGACCACGAUACAUCAGAAUUUCAAUACCAAUAAUAAUAAUAAUAAUAAUGCUAAUAGUAAUAAUAAUAUUAAAUCAAACGCUCGUACCAACGUGGCGUGUUCUCCGUCGUCUGUGAUAAGCCCUCGAUGCACUCCUUCUCCUCAUAGUCCUCAUUUCAACCAGCAGCAGCAACAGCAACUGCAAAGUAUCAAAAGCCCUUCUUCGGCCAAUCACUCGUCGCCGCAACCUCCGGCGGUAAUUGUCGCCUCGACGCAAAACAUCAUCAGCUCGUGUUUUACAAACAGGCCGAAUUUAACGGUCGUCACGCAAUCUAGUCCUAUGUCGGUGGCCAAUAAUCAAAAUCAACUCGAUCAGCAGAAUGCAGGAGGCCCUCCUCACGCGCAAGUCAAACCGUGCCCGGCUGUGAUAUCUCAUUCGAACGUCUCCGGCGUCCUAGGAGCUGCAUCUGUUCAACAAACAGUCGUCGGGAAUUGUCUACUACAACAGCAGCAAGAUUUCACCAAUGAUCGAUUCGUACAACCUUCGUUGGCUAGUCCGUCCUCGCAAGUCGCCGAACAACUGCAGAACCAGCAGCAGUUGGUUAACAGUCCUCCUGUAUCGAAUUCGUUUCUCGAUAGCAUCGUUCAAUCGCAUCCGAAUAUAUCGAUCAAUAAAACCGGUAUCGUGCAGCCGUGCUCUAAGCCGUAUGUUAUGCGAGCCAAGAAACCGAAAAAAUCAGCAGUCGUUAAACCGAUGGUGUUCCAAAGUGACGAUAAAGACAAAUGCCACGAUGGUCCAGCUUGCCUGAAUCCGGUCGCCUCGAACGAUGGAUCUCAUGUCGGCGGAGUUGUGCAAAGGGUGCAAACUAUUCAACUGACGCCGCAAAAGCAACAGAAUUUAAAAAUCGUUCAAAACCAAAUCGCCGUAUUAAGUGGUAAGAAAACACGCACGCCUUUGGAGCAGGCCACAUUACAGAAAUUAUUCAACGAACAGCAGAAAAUCUUACUUUCCGGUAAGAUAAUUCCUACAGUUCCUGGUCAGAAUACGCAAGGAUUAACUUUCGUAUCUACCCCAGUUCGAUUAGUUCCUCCGCCUACAACUCCGCCUAGUCCUCAUCCACCCAGUACACCUCCUACUUGUAAUAAAGCCACGUCGCCUUUACACGUUCAAGUUGGUACCCAAACCACUUUGGACGAACCUAUUCCUCCGUUAGUUGUUCCUCCAGCAGUCGCAUCGCUGCCGCCUCCAGCUCCUUGUUUACCUUUAGAGCCUAUUUACAGCUCAGCUCCAACGUGUGUGACGAGCACAGCUACGUCGACGACACUACCUUAUAUUCCGGUAGCACCGCAGCCGGCUCCUGUAUCGCCUCCGGUUCCUGUUUUACCGAAAUUAACUCCAACUAAACGAGCCUCUUUGAUUCACGAACAAUUUGAAAUUGACCAACGUGGAGCUACACAGCCCGAUACACAUUCACCGUUCAGUUCUACCAGCGACGCUUGCAAACGCUUGUUGAGGUAUCAUUGUUUGGAUGAACCGAUUCUGAGUGAAAAAGAUUUGGAAAAGGCGGACGAAAUAUUCGAAGCUACGGCCAAGCACCUAUUAGAUAAAAACGCUCAGAUGUUGAAUAAAUACAGCUAUUUGAUUUGUAAAGAGAGUAUGCGGGAAGUGCAAACUUCGGAAUUAAUUAUGUUAGGACGUAUGUUCGUGGCCGAUGAAACGCAAUCUCUAGAUCAAAGGAAGCAAGAGUUGAUAGUGUCUUCAAAUCCUUCCCCGCCUACGUGUUCGAUUGCCACUCAAGUAGACGAUUCGCCGUUUCCAGUACAGUUCAAAGAUAGCGAAACGAAUUCAUCACCGACAACCGAAUCUAGUUCGUCUUCGGCUUGCCAACUCGACUCGUUUAUCUCGUCGAAUAACCACCAGACAGCGAACGAUUCGAGUAACAGCGUUAAUAAACUUAAACGAGACUACGACGACGACGAUUAUUCGUCUCCGGAGAUGAAAUUUAACGCUGCGAAGAAGCACUGCCCGGAUGACGAAGAAAUCAACGCGCAGGUACAAAGCGCCAUCGACAGUAUAUUGAAUCUUCAACGCAGCGAUCCGGCUACAGACGAAGCUGUUCGAAGUAUAUUGCCUUCCUAGCAGGAAAUGAUACAGAUAUUCUUGGAAUAUAUUUCAAAUAACUCGUAAUGUAUGUGCAUCGUGAUCGUCGACUCGUGAAACGGUGGGCAUUGCGAAAUAUGUGUUUGUAUUUUUUUUUUCUUUUUUUUUGAAAAAAAAACUUUUAUUAUUAUUAUUGUUAUUAUUAAAGGUAAGAUCGGACGAUCAAAUUUUGCUCGUAUUCGUUUCACUUUUUAAUCUAUUAUUUAUUUUAAUGUAGUCAGAUUUGCAUUUUAUUUGAUCACGAUCGACGUUUCCGGUGUCGAGUGUUGUAAAAGUUUUUGUUUUUAUGUUCCUUUGAUAUUUCGAACGGUUUCGUAGUUCGAAUACCUCUAUACAGAUUGAGAUAUCGUUUACGAUGAAAAUUUGAUCGUCUCUAUGUGCCUUUCGUGGACAAUUGUUACCAUGCUUUUAAGUAAUAACGUU